AUGAAGUCCAUUACCCUUCUGCCGCUGCUGGCUUCAGCUUCCGCCGCCGUUAUGAUGCCCAAGGACCUAAACGUUCAGGACGUUAGGUCUAUCCGCAACGUUGCCGCCACCAUUGCCCAUGACACAAUGGCCUACUAUCAGGGGAACACGACCACCAAUGACCCCAAGGCCAUUGGAAAUGUCAACCGUCCUUACUACUGGUGGGUGGCUGGUGCGCUUUGGGGCAUGAUGAUUGACUAUUAUCAUGUUACCAAGGACCCCAGCUACAACCAUGUCGUCCUCGAUGCCCUCCUUGCCAAAGUCAACAUCGGCCCCGACAACAACUACCUGCCUCCCGAGCACGCCGAUGAGGAGGGCAACGACGAUCUCUUCUUCUGGGGCAAUGCUGUUCUGUCAGCCGCUGAAAACAAUUUCCCUCAGCCCAACAAGGAUCUUCCCUCGUGGCUCGACAUUAGCAAGAACGUCUUCGCAUGGCUCGAGUCCAAGUGGGACACCGCCCACUGCGAUGGCGGCGUCUUCUGGCAAAUCCUCGCCAGCAAUCCCAACGGCCUCAACUACAAGAACGCAAUCAGCAACGGCGGCUUCUUCCAGCUCGCUGCCCGUCUUGCCCGUGCCACCAACGACGACAAGUACGUUCAGUGGGCGCAAAAGAUUUGGGACUGGUCUUGGGACAAGAACCUGAUUGACCACGAGCUCUAUCGCGUCUACGACGGCGUCGACAUUCGCGACCAGUGCACAAAGCCAAACCCAGCGUCCUAUACCUAUCUUAGUGGCAUCUAUUUGUACGGCGCUGCCGUCCUGGCCAACCACACGGGCAAGUCCGAAUGGUCUGACCGCGCCGAGAAGCUUCUUGAUGGCGCCAGCUGGUUCUUCUACACCGACGGCGACAGUAAGAAUGUCAUGUACGAGGGCGCCUGCGAACCCGUCGACUCGUGCUUCAAGGGCAACGCCGACAUGACCACCUUCAAGGGCUACCUGGCAGACCUGAUGUGGAAGAGUGCCGUCAUGGUUCCUUCUCUCCACUCCAAGGUUGCUCAAUGGCUCAUUCCCACGGCCAAGGCGGCUGCUCAGUCCUGCCAGGGCGGCACAACCAACACGCAAUGCGGCAUGAAGUGGUCCACCGGCGGCUUCGAUAACCAGGCGAACCUGGGUCCCCAAAUGAACGCUCUCGGAGCCGUUCAGGGCCUGCUCAUCAACGCGGCUCCUCCUCCCAUGCAGGCUGGCAGCAUCACGCGCAACUUGGAUGCCAACUUCCCAGCUGUUGAUCCCAACAGAGAGAACACUUCUGCGACGAUUUCCCCGACGGAAAAUAGUACGUCUGAGAAGCCUGCCUCGAGCGCAACAGAAACCCCAACACCUGCGAGCACACCUGCCUCAACCACCACCUAUAAAGCUUCUACCUCUUCAGAGCCCACUGCCACCUCAUCAUCUGCACCUCAGCCUACGCCUACCAGUGCGCCAACAUCCGACACUCCCAGCACCACGGGUUCCAGCCCAGCCAGUUCCAACACCGAGAGUUUUAGCUCUGCAUCAACAACCCUGGCCAUUUCCACAUCAUCUGUUCCCAUCCAGACUCAGGCGACACCCUCGAGCAAGACUAGUGAGACUUCGGCCACUGAAAAGAGUGAGUUGCCGACGACGUCUUGCCCGUCUUGCACCGCCUCUGAGUCUUCUGCUUCCGACAUCACCAUCACCCUCAAUCCCACGCCCUCCUGUUCCGGACCCUGCUCAUCAUUGUACUCCUCCUCGCCUUCCUCACACCACACCAUCUCCACCUUCUUUUCCAUUCCCAACAACCAAACCAAGCCCGGAACCGGACUGCCGUCUUCUCUAACACAUAGUAUAGCUACGUUACCAGCUCCCACCGGCGAGUCUGUUUCCACGACCAGUUAUGCCAACCACGUCUGCUUUGCCCUGGCUGUUGCCUUGGGCUCAGCCUUGGUAAACUGGCUGGUAUAA